UGUUCUUAAAGACUCGAAAUUGCGCUGAUUAGAAGCUCAUAACCAUCUGUCCAUCACCUGUUUUGAAAUGGUGAGAAAAGUUUAGAGAAACCUGUCAGAUUUAACAGUUAUUUUUUCUAGACAUGGGUCCCACUUGCAACUUAGACUGAGGAACUAUAGCGUAUUUUAUUUAAUGGAUUUUUUUGGAUGCUUAUUACAAAAAAAAGGACCUUAUGAAGCAGUGUUUUGGGUCUUACUCUCACUUGUCAUUUGUCAUUUGUCCAUCUUAUAUCAAUUUUUACUUCAUGAAUAACCUCAAAUGGUUUCUUUUUUGCAGUUUGUCAGAAAAUGCAUAUGUUCUUGUGGCAGAGGUAUUGAAGAAAAUGCAUAUAUUCUAUAAGCAUUAAGCUCCCUUGUUGCUUCACUACUUGAGAAUGAAAAGGAUCUUUAACUUCUCUCUAACUGGUCCAAUUCCUCCUGCUUUGGGUAAUUUGACCAUGCUCAAAAUUUUGUAUUUUUUUUAUAAAUCAGAUUUCAGGUACAAUUCCUACAGAAUUAGGGAAUCUCAAGAAUUUGGUUGAGUUGAUGUUGCAACGAAACAAUUUGACUGGUCUGAUUCCUCAUGCUUCGAGUAAUUUGAAAAACCUUACAUUGUUGUUGGUCCGAUUCUUCCUGGUAAGCUUGCAACAGUAAUUUGUUUAUAACUGCAGGUAUUUGUGUGGCUUUUUGGAUUAUUAAUAAAAUUCCAUCAUUUAAAAAAAUGACACAACUCUAUAAAUAUCUAGGAUGAUUAUAGCUGAAAUGAGGAUGUUUAGAUAGAUUAGUGGCAAGAUGAGGAGUUUGUUCCUUGUAGGAUUUUACAGCUGUGUAAAACUUCUAAGUCUCAUGGUGGAUGUGGCUACCAUAUGCUAGUUGUUGUCAUUUAUGCUGCUUUUGAUUCUUGAUUCACUUUGUAGUUAUUCUGCUUUUGAAGAAGUUCACCCACAUGCUCCAACAUUGAUGACUGAUGUGUUUGGCAAUUAUGUUAUUCAAAAGUUUUUUGAUCAUGGAAGCCCUGAGCAGAGAAAAGAACUAGCAAAUCAGCUUGCUGGCCACAUUCAACCUUUGAGCCUUCAAAUGUAUGGGUGUCGGGUAAUUCAAAAGGGCCCUACACAAUUCAAUCUGGCUAAUCCACGCUUACACAUGUUGCCCUUUUUAAUGGACGAUAUGUGCUUGAUUUUAUUUUUAUUAUUACUAUAGUUGUUGUGGGAU